GUGAAUGAGGUGACUUCUUCCUUUUUUUUUGUUCUGUGCUGUGAUUCCCAUUACCACUCCUGCUCAGCCUCAAACGUUGACGUACUACCGAUGCACACGUUCCACGCAAAACCUCUACACCCCACACUCGAGCAGCGGGUGCGCUUCGCCGCCCAUGCCUGUGCUCUUCUUUUUCUCCUGAUCUUGCUAUCACUGGCCGCACCAGCGCUCGUGGCGACGGCGCACACGGGCCAUUCCGUGCGCCCGCUGCACGGUCCCGGCUACGAGCACCUGGACUGCUCCGCCUGCCUUACCGUGAGUCGUGCGCUCUUUGUACGCCUCAACGCCACGCUGAGCGAGAGCCCGUCCACCUAUCUCGCAUCCCACCGACUCAACCGCGUAAAUCAGCUGAAGCGUCGCCCUUACCGCAACAGCGAGCUGCUGGUGACGGAGGUGAUGGACAACUUCUGCAGCUCCUACAAGAACGAUGAGCGCACGCUGCGGCUGCACCCCAAAUCGAAGGUGCGCCUCUACCAUCAGCAGAUCUGGAAGGAUGUUACGCUGGGGGUUCGCCACAGUUUGCGCGAGGACGAGGUCUACCCAGAGGGUGCGCACGACCCACAGUGGGACGACUACGUGGAGCUGCGCCGCUAUCAAGUGGCCAAAGUGUACAGCCCUAAGGACCAGGGGGCCCUGCAUGGGAUGGAGAUGUUAGCCGCGACCCCGACCAUGUGUGCCACCUUGGUGGAGGACUUCGAGGACGAAAUCGAGGAGCUGGUGAAGCUCGCCCACAACUUGUCCGACAUCGAGUAUGGGCUGUGUGGGUUGCCCUUGGCGGACCCGACGGACGCGGCGGCAUCGGGCGAGGCGGAGGCGGUGCGGGACGCGAUCCGGCCCAUCACAAACAUCUGCGCACUGACGGAGCAGCUUCGCGAGGCGGCGCAUCAGGAUCAGCUGCGGUGGUCACAAUACAUGCGCCGUGAGGAGCGGCGCAAGGAAAGGCUGGAGGAGAAGGAGAAGGUGUUGAAGAGGGACGCAGAGGAACCGGCGGAAAAGACCGAGGUUGAGACUCAGGAAGGUUCUUCUUCAUCGGGGAACACCGGAGAACAUAAUGGUGACAAAGGGCCGGCAAAGAGUGAAGAUGUGGUGAAUGAAGGAACGGCACGCAGCGACGCUGCUCCCGAGGCAGCCGCUGAGGAGGCAGGGAGCGCUGCGGAAGACACAACACCGCACGGUGACGUCGAAGAGGGCGAUUUGUAA